AUGUCUCUCUACCCUACUCACCCGCUACAUGCAUACGUACUUGGUACUUGGGCAUUUUUGCCCAGCACCCAGCAUGAUGGAGACAACGCCUUUGACAGUCUGCACGUCACGUCGGCCCGCAGCCACACUUCGGGCGGUCUUGGGUGGGCGCGAGGGCUCAGGGGGGAACACAGGGUCGUUCACGUCGUCACCCAUUCCGCAGCCCUCCCUACGGCACAUGCUGGCGCGGGAAUGCGGCUGGUAGACAUGGCUACAGAGCCUCCUCCUCCUCACUAUCAUGAGGCGCGAGAGAAUGAUGGCUGGAUGUAUGGAUCGAGCGCAUCGGUGGAGCGUGGCGGAGAGGCGGCAAAAGAGCACUGGUAUCACCAUGUGGAUGGGGGUAUAAAAUAUCUAUUCAGAGCCGGGGGAUAUGAGUCGCAUGCAGCAGAGCGAAGAACACGCCCUGGACAUUCGAAACGUGAAACAAGGAGCUUCGACGAACCUGAUUGGCAAACUGCAGACAUUCCUUCUGACUCAUUUCUUGAACGAUUCAGAGCACGAACCCUCAAUAAACGCACCAUCAUCAUGGUUGCUUUCAGCGCUGGCGCGCUUCUUCUGACGCUGCGCGUCUUGCUCACUGCAUCCACAGCAGAUGCUGUCCCCCUUGCGCAAGCCCCUGCCCCUGCACCACAGCCUGGUGCAUCAGGGUACUGGCUCGAGACUAUCGAGCGCCAGGGCAAGGCUCCUUUCAACCCCACGCCUGAUUCCUACCAGGUUUUCCGCGAUGUCAAGAAGAUGGGUGCUAAGGGUGACGGUGUCACCGAUGACACAGACAUCAUCAACCAAAUCAUUGCCGCUGGCAAUCGCUGUGGCGAGGGCUGCGACUCAUCUACCACCACGCCUGCACUCAUCUACUUCCCGGCUGGUACCUACGUUAUCAGCAAGCCUAUUAUCCAGUACUACUACACCCAGUUUGUCGGUGACCCACUGAACAUGCCUAUUCUCAAGGCAUCUCCAAACUUUGAGGGCAUGGGCGUCAUCGAUGCCGACCCGUAUAUUCCAGGUGGGAACGGGGCCAACUGGUACACCAACCAGAACAACUUCUACCGCCAGGUUCGCAACUUUGUGAUUGACAUCUCCGCAGCCAAGGUUGCAGCUGGUAUCCACUGGCAAGUAUCUCAGGCCACUAGUCUCCAAAACAUUGUUUUCGAGAUGGCCAAGGGCGAGGCGGGUGCUGAGCAAAAGGGAAUCUUCCAGGACAAUGGUUCUGGUGGUUUCAUGACUGAUCUCGUCUUCAACGGCGGUGCAAUUGGCGCCUUCCUUGGCUCCCAGCAAUUUACCAUUCGCAACAUGACCUUCAAUGACUGCGGCACUGCCAUCUUCCAAAACUGGAACUGGGUCUUCACAUACAAGAGCAUCACCAUCAACCGCUGCAAGGUUGGUUUGGACAUGGCCAACAACCCCGCCAACCAGACUGUUGGCUCUGUUCUUCUCCUUGACAGCAAGCUUGUCGACACCCCCAUCGGCGUCAACUCCUCGUUUACCGAGAACAGCAUUCCCACAACGGGCGGCACACUCAUUCUUGACAAUGUCGACUUUACCGGCUCUCAGGUUGCUGUGCAGGGCUCUACCGGCAAUGUCAUCCUUGCUGGUGGCAAGAAGAUUGGCACCUGGGCUCAGGGUCAUGCCAUGGCUGCUGGCGCCCAACAAGGCCGCGUACAGGGUGAUGUCAACGGCGCACCCACCAAGCCAGCGAGCCUUCUUGGCGAGAACGGCUGGUUCGAGCGCAGCAAACCUCAGUACGAGAAUGUUCCUGUAUCGCAGUUUGUCAGCCUCAAGUCCAAGGGCGCAAAGGGUGAUGGCGCGACGGAUGAUACUGCUGCCAUUCAGGCCGCUAUCGAUGGUCUCACCGAUGGCCAGAUUCUCCAUGUCGACCACGGUGCCUACCUGAUCACCAAGACCAUUGUCAUUCCCGCCGCAAAGAACGUCAAGAUUGUUGGUGAGGUCUACAGCAUGUUCUUCAUCACUGGCAAAUUCUUCUCCGACAUGAACAAUCCCAAGCCUGGCUUCCAGGUCGGCAAGACCAGCGGCGAGAAGGGUUCCUUUGAGAUGUCCGACCUCAUCAUCAGCACUCAGGGUCCCGCUCCCGGCGGUAUCUUGAUGGAAUGGAACAUUGCCGCCGAGAAGGGUCAAGCCGGUCUCUGGGACGUUCACUUCCGCGUCGGUGGCUUCGCCGGCACCAAGCUCCAGUCCUCCAACUGCAAGAAGACGCCCGAAGUCCAACACGCGCCCAACCCAGAAUGCAUCGGCUCCUUCAUGCAGCUCCACAUCACCAAAAACUCCAACGGCUACUUUGAAAACGUCUGGCUCUGGACAGCCGACCACGAGCUCGACCAAGAGGACCACGCGCAAAUCGACAUCUACAACGGCCGCGGCAUGCUCAUCGAAUCCCAAGGCCCCGUCUGGCUCGUCGGCACUGCCUCGGAACACUCGCAACUCUCGCAGUACCAAAUGUCCGGCGCCCGCGACAUCUGGUUCGGCGCCAUCCAAACCGAAACCCCAUACUACCAACCCAACCCCACCGCUGCCGUCCCCUUUGUCAAGAAUGACAAGUUCUUCGACCCGGACAUGAGCCAGCAGGCAUCUGCCUGGGCCGUCCGCAUCCUCGACAGCCAGAGCAUCUGGAACUACGGCUCGGGUACCUACUCCUUCUUCGACAAUUACGCCCAGACUUGUGUGCCGCUGCAGAAUUGCCAGCAGCAUAUGAAUCAGAUUGAUAAUUCUACAAAUGUCAAUGUCUUUGGCUUGUCCAGUAAGGCGUCGGUUAAUAUGAUUACUCAGGGUGGACAGGGCGUCGUCAAGGACGCGGAUAAUCGCUCGAAUUUCUGUGCUACGUUGGCGAUUUUCGCGCAGCCGUAG